GGCGCUCAGGACCCCCGGGGCGUCCGCUCUCGGGCCGCGCGAGGUCCCCGGCAGCCGCGCGCGCCGCCCCCGCGGCCCGCGCCACGCUCCGCCCUGGACGCCGCUCGUCCCGGCGCCGGGGUGCGCGCGGUGGGAGCGGGCCGGGCUCAGUCUGAUUUACGGCUCUGCUGAAAACCGCUCCGCUCCGCAGCAGUAGCACCGGCCGCGGCGGCAGCAGCAGCGGCGGCUGCAGCUGCAACAAGUCUGGACUUUCAGAGUAAUGCAACAGAAGGCCUUUGAAGAAAGCAGAUACCCCUGGCAGGAGUCCUUUGAGAAUGUUGCCGUGUGCCUGCCAUUCCGCUGCCCGAGGUGCGGAGACCACACCAGAUUUAGAAGCCUGUCGUCCUUGAGGGCCCAUCUAGAAUUCAGUCACAGCUACCAGGAGAGAACCCUCUUGACAAAAUGCAGCCUCUUUCCAUCCCUCAAAGACAUAGACCUCGUCACUUCCUCAGAACCCCUGAAACAGGGAAAAUUGCAGAGCUGUGGCAACGUGGUGAAGCAGAAACCCAGCUAUGUUAACUUGUAUAGCAUUUCACACGAACACUCCAAGGACAGGAAGCCAUUCGAGGUGGUGGCAGAGAGACCUGUGUCGUACGUGCAGACCUACACGGCGGUGGACCUACGAGCCGACUCGCUGGAUGGGCUGCGGUCCAGUCCCGGACUCCCCACCUCGGACACCAAAGCUGCUUUCGAGGCUCAUGUCAGAGAAAAAUUCAAUCAGAUGGUCGAGGCCGUGGACAGGACCAUCGAGAAGAGAAUUGAUAAACUCACCAAAGAGUUGGCCCAGAAAACUGCAGAACUGUUGGAAGUCCGGGCAGCCUUUGUCCAGCUGACUCAGAAAAAGCAGGAGGUGCAGAGACGAGAGCGGGCCCUGAACAGACAGGUGGACGUGGCCGUGGAGAUGAUCGCGGGGCUGAGGCAACGCCUGACAGACUCAGAGGAGGAGCUUCUCAGGAAAGAAGAAGAAGUUGUGACGUUCAACCACUUCCUCGAAGCCGCAGCCGAGAAGGAGGUUCAAGGGAAAGCUCGGCUGCAGGACUUCAUCGAGAGUCUGUUGCAGCGGGUGGAACUGGCGGAAAAGCAGUUGGAGUACUAUCAGAGCCAGCAGGCCGCCGGCCUCUGCCGCGACGCCAGGGAGCACGUGCUUACAGAUAUCUCUUCAAAUAGGAAACCCAAAUGCCUAAGCCGAGGGCACCCACAUUCGGCGUGUAACCAUCCCGAUCUCAAGACGCACUUCCAUCCAAAGGGAAGGAGCUACCUGAAAAAAGCCAGGGAUGACAGAGCCGCCAUGCAGCCCUCUAAGUCCAUUCACGAACAGGCCGAGACCCCGAGAGAGCUCUGCAGACUGCCGAAGAAAGGGGAGCCUCUGGGGUUCAGUCGGAAAGGCAACCUCAGGCCCAAAAUGGCCAAAAAGAAACCAGCAUCGCUCGUGAACAUCAUCUAAAAGGCUGAGUGGCCUGAACCAUCAUUGCUGGACUUUGGGGAAUGUUGUGCUAGGGGCCAACAGUAACGUCCUUUGGGACACAUCUCCUAGGAAGAUGUAGUGGGAAAGCAAGGGGAGUGACACGUUUACUUUCUGUUCAUGCAAGUGCGUGGAUUAACCAGAAUUUAACAAACGGGAAUCUCAGUGAGCCAGAAUUUGGUGACAGCCCCUUGCAGAAGCAAGAGGCAAGUUACAGACAGAAUUAAAAAAAAGAAAGCAGUCUUUCCCAAAAUUUUAGUAAAACAAAGCUCCAACUUUUAAAUUCUUCAGUACUUUCUGCAUCUGGUAUUCUGUGCAGUGGUGAUUAAUUCUCAGACCCAAGGCCACCCAAGAUGUCAGGUGCUGGAAAAGAUUCAUCUGUGUCCACUGCUCAAACGUGUGAGACAAGGAAUGGGAAUAUAAAUUCUCUUAAUAGCAAUGAAAUAAAAACACGUCUGCUUGUUUUUUAACCUUCCCCUCAGUUCGAAAGCCUCCAAAAUAAGAAUUACUGUUUCCCAGAGUAUUCUGGUUAAUCCAGAUAUCAGUGUUUGGGUGGCUACAGGGACUCAUCUGUUCAACUUCAGUUCGCAUUUCGGUGGACUGGUUCCCGGUUUGGCUGCCUCCCCCGAUGCAUGUCUGCUCCCAUUUUGGUACACCUCUG